UUUUUCUUUGGAUUGGCAGGUUUUGUGAGCCUUUAAUUGAAUCAUUUAAUUAUAGAACUGCUUCUUUUGGAGAAAAUCAAGUUCAAUUCUUGAACGAGUCAUCAGGUUCACAAAAGGAUAAAGAAGCACAUAUAGUUACAUGGAGAAUUUUGAAGUCCAAUCAAACUGCUCAUAUAUUAAGGAGUUUGUUCUCUCGAUUUAUCAGAGAGAUAGUUGAGGGGAUGAUAGGAUAUGUUCAUCUUCCAACGAUCAUGUCCAGACUUCUCUCUGACAACGGAAGUCAAGAAUUUGGCGAUUUUAAACUUACCAUACUUGGGAUGCUUGGGACUUUUGGCUUUGAAAGAAGAAUUCUGGAUACUGCCAAAGCUUUAAUUGAGGAUGACACGUUCUAUACCAUGAGUUUAUUGAAGAAAGGGGCAUCUCACGGAUAUGCUCCCCGGGGUGCUGUCUGUUGCAUAUGUAAUCGCCUUCUUGUCAAGAGCUCAUCAAGUUACAGAGUUCGAGUUUUUAACUGUGGUCAUGCAACUCAUCUUCAGUGCGAAGUUCUUGAUAAUGAGGCUUCAGGUGGAGACUUCUCAUGCCCAGUUUGUGUGCAUAGCAAUCACUCUCAACGGUCUAGAGGCAAAGCACUGACUGAGUACAGUCUAGUGAAUAAAUUUUCAUCAAGAACUCAAUCGUCGUCAGGAGCUUCUGUUUCAUAUCCACAAGAAACAGAUUUAUUGGAGCUUCCAUACACUCUUCAGCAAAUACCACGGUUUGAGAUUCUGGCUAACUUACAGAAAAAUCAGAGAGUAAUAGACAUAGAAAAUAUGCCUCAAUUGAGGCUUGCACCACCAGCCGUCUACCAUGACAAGGUCACAAAAGGAUAUCAUCUUUUAGUAGGAGAUAGCAGCGGUGGAGUAGAAAAAGUAGAAAAACUAAACAAGAGCAGGCAACUGAAGGAGGUAAAAGUAAAGAGACCGUCCUCCCUUCGAUUCCCUUUAAAAGCAAAUCUAUUUGGGAAAGAGAAGACGACCAAAUCUUGACAGAGUAUGAAGCGACUCCUUAAUUUUAAACCCACGUGAUAAAAGGUGCUUUUGGUUAGUCUCAGUUAUGUACUGUCAAACUUCUCGAGGGGAGGAUGACAUUUUGUAUCUGUAAAUACAAUUACGGAGGUUGUUAGUUUGUAGCUGAUUUGUUAGGGUAAAUU